AAAAAUCAACUAGUUCUUAUAUUAAAAACAUCUGAUUAUUAAAGGGUUGAAACAGCACUCAAAUAGUACAGAAAUUGGGAAGCUAUAUUUUAAAUUUAUAAAAUUUAGUCUGUGAAGAUAAAAUCCCCGUAAAAAUAGUGUGCAACGAUGACCUUCUUUGUGUUUAGUGGACAUUUCACGUUCGAAUCAAUACUAACAGUAUUGGAAACAUCAAGUGACUAGUGUGUGGUUUGUCCCGAGAAUUUUAAAGCGGACAAAACGAAAUUUCUUCGAAAUCCAAUGUCUAACCAAGACAAAGGGGAGCAUUCUCGCAGGGACGAGCCUAACGAGGACGAGAAACCUUUGAAGAAGGCCCGCUACGUUUGGGAAGUGAAGGGUAAAUAUCACUUGAAAGAUACUUACAAAAACAAUAAUACUGUCAAUAAAAAUAACAACACCGAGGCUGGAUUAAGUGACAGUAACAAAAAGUGCGUCGACAAUAAGAAGCACGACGACAAAGAAGGGGCUACCGUAAAAAAACAAAAUGAAAGUUGUAGUUCAAACAAAUGUUGCAUCGAAUCCUUUCUGGCAAAAACUGAGGCUAUCAUGGACAGCGACGUGGAUGAAGACGACGUGCCGGUGAGCAAUUUGGACUGUAAUAUUUUAAAGGAAAUACCAGUUACUUUAGUGUCGCCCAUGCCGAGGAACCAGGAUUAUUAUUUGAGAAAAUGGCAGGCCAGGCAAAUAGCUAGAGGUUUUGUUGACAACACCAUAAACACGGUGUUGGAGACUUGGAUAAAUCCUCCGUUCGACGCAGCCGAUUUUGUAGAAAACUGCGACAACGACGGGCAGGUUGAGGACGAUGCCAUACUGAUGGCGAUACAGUCGCACGGGUUGCAAUCUAACGCGCGCGGAAAUGUUCAAUUCUCGAGUUCCGCUGACGAACGGGAGAUAGCGUUCGUCCGCAAUCCCGAAAUCGAAGAGUCGACACUCGACAACUUCGAAAACUAUCAAAACGAACUAAUUAAAGAGCAAGAAAACGUUUCCAGUUCUAGCAAUGGGGAUUCGAUGAGUUGCGACUCCAGUAUUUCCAAUCCAGGGGAAGGCGAAAGCUUAGACAUAGGCGAUCCCAUGGAUUUUUUAAAUGCAGCUGUAUCGGUGGCCAUACAGAAGAAGGGCCUGUCGUAUGGUUACUAAAUUAGUACUCAAGAGAAGACUGCUUUUUGUUAAACGAAGUAUUCCUAAAAUGCACCGAGUAAUUUUCAUGACAAAUAAAUUAUAUCAGAGGUCAAACGGUAAUUAAUAUUUUCUUUUUAGCUACUGCGAACACAUAUCAAGAUCUAUUUUAAUUUUUUGCUGCUUUAAAAACAUAUAGUAUUACAUACGACCUUUUAAAAACUGUAAUUUCUAUUCAAAGGGACUUUUUUUUAUCCUCAACUUAGUAAUAAUAAUAAUUCUAGUUCCUAAAAUAAAGAAUGAAUUUAUGAAGUGCAUUUUAGAGUUUUUUAAUUGUUAAUAAGCUAUUUACUUAUAAAAUCUAUGAAACGCAGUAGUAUUUUUUAUAUUGUUUUCCUAAUUGUUCAAAAAAUAUAUAUUAAACAAUAUUCAGUCAAGUUCUUAAAUCUAAAUUGUGUUUUUAAUAUUAGUAGCGUUCUGUAUUGACGUCUGGUUAUUCUAGAUGUCAUUGCCCUUUAAUUAUUUUAAUUAAAAAAGGACAAAACACAUCCAGAGCAUCCAGACGUCAAUACCGAACGCUAUUAGGGUUUUGGAAACAUGUAGAUAAAUUUGUUUUCGAUAUACAUACGAUAUAAUAAUUACGCACAAAGAUAUUUGUUAAAUAUCUCAGUAAAAUAAUUUAUUUAUAUUUUUGUACUAUUUCUUUCCAUUACAUAUUUAACAGUCA